AUGUCGAAAAUGAUAUUUCAAAUAAUUCUAUCAAUUUUUAUAAUUGUUCAAAAAUCCAGAGGACAAAUUUUGCACUGCAGAUAUUUAAAUGAAGUGACUUACACCUGUAAACUUGAUGUUCUUCUUGCUGAAAAUCGAAUGAAUUCAACAAAAGUUUCUGGUGAACAUUUAAACGACCAAUCUGAUGAUGAAGUCACUAUCGUUAAAGCUAUUUUCGGUUCCUAUUCGUUCUUUUUUCCAUCAAUAAUUUGUGAAAAGUUUAAGAAUUUGAAAGUUUUAGACCUUAAAGAUUUGGGCAUUCAAUUUCUUCAGAAUAAUUCGUUUGAUGAUUGCACAAAUUUGGAAAAAUUGAUGAUUAAUAUUGUGAUUAAUACUGAGUUGCCGGAUAAUUUAUUCAAUGCCAACACAAAGAUGUCAAGUGUGAUGAUUGUUGGAAGUUCAUUGCAGUCAUUGUCAAAAAAUCUUUUCAAAAGUCAAGAAAAAUCGUUGAAGGAUCUCGAAAUUCAAUUAAAUAAUGUCAAUUGCUUAAUUCCAUGGAAUUUUUUCCAGUCACUCAGCAAUCUUCAAUACUUAGUCAUUGCCAUCAAAGGAUUGAAAACUCUUGAUCCAGACUGGUUCAAAACUUUAUCAAAACUCGAAGAACUCGCAAUCGUUCAGUCAGAAAUUUUGAAUCUUCCAAAAUAUGUUUUCACAAAUUUAGAAAAUUUACGAAAACUUUCACUUCGUAUAAACAAAUUGACAGUCAUUCACUUGGAUUCUUUUGCUAGCCUUGUGAAUUUAAACUAUUUGGAUCUGUCAGACAAUAAAAUUUAUUCAAUGGAUCCGGAUAUUUUUAAAUUGAAAAAAUUGAGAUUUGUGAAUUUUUCGAAUAAUUUUUGCCGGCAAAAUUCUGUGAUUGACUCGUCAUAUGAUAUAAAUUCAAUGCCUUAUCUCACUAAUCAAUGCACUCAUAAUUUUACACUACAGAGUAAGGUUUAA